CACUGCUUGCGCCUGCGUGCGUCACCCUUGACCUCUCCAGGUCACUCACUGCAACUGCCAACAAGCCGCAUGCGCGUUAUCGGUCCAGCGGAACUCAGGAGGCUGUUCUCAGACUCCGAAAGCUAGAUUCCUAUCUGGAAAAUAAUGAACAACAAAUUUGAUGCGCUGAAAGACGAUGACAGUGGAGAUCACGAGCAGGAUCAAGGCUCACCGAAAGACAGUGAAAAGGAAAAACCUGAAGAAGAGGAAAAGGAACAGAUCAUUAUAAAGAAAAAAAUGGUGGUUCCAGGGCCAGGAGAGCAUCCCCUUCAAUACAACUACACGUUCUGGUACUCAAGACGUACCCCAGGGAGACCAGCCAGCACUCAGAGCUACGAGCAGAACAUCAAACAGAUCGGCAGCUUCGCUUCGGUGGAGCAGUUUUGGCGUUUCUAUAGCCACAUGAUCCGGCCUGGUGACCUCACAGGUCACAGUGACUUCCACCUGUUUAAGGAAGGCAUUAAGCCCAUGUGGGAGGAUGAUGCCAAUAAAAUGGGUGGGAAGUGGAUCAUCCGCCUAAGGAAAGGCCUGGCAUCUCGAUGUUGGGAGAACCUGAUCCUGGCCAUGCUAGGGGAGCAGUUCAUGGUAGGAGAGGAGAUCUGUGGGGCUGUUGUGUCGGUACGCUUCCAGGAGGACAUUAUAUCCAUCUGGAACAAAACGGCAAGCGACCAGGGAACGACAGCCCGUAUCAGAGACACGUUGCGCCGAGUCCUCAACCUGCCGCCCAACACCAUCAUGGAGUACAAGACACAUACUGACAGCAUUAAUUAUUGCAGCUGCAAAAUCAUUGUGUCGAGAGCAGCUAAGCAACGCACAGCUGAUCAGAGCAUGGGAAGACUUCCAUGGUCUGGUGAAUGCUAGCGGUGGACGUUAGCCCCUCGCACGGAGACACUCUGCGAAGAGUUUGUGUGUAUAUUUGGCGUGUUGAGGGGUGGACGCGUCCAGUGCUGGAUACCUCUGCGUGGAUUGGCUCCGCGCAACAUGAGGACAGAGGAAAUAUCCGCAGGAACAGAGGCCCUAACGACCAUUCCCUAUUUUUGUCCAAUUUGAUGUUUGAAUGGACAGACAUGCCAGCGAUCGGUAAAGCGAACCAAAGAGAGAAAUAAUUGGUCGGCCAGAGGAAAACGGAGCCUGCAUUAUUCUAGUUUUGCAGGUUUUAACAUGUCAACUUGCAAGCAGGGGGAGGCUGUGUAACUGGCGUCCUUUUAUCUGGUUGUUUGCUGUUGACAAAGUGUACUUGACAAAAUACAACAAAACCUUUCAUAUAAAAAUGAAUGUCAUUUAUUGUUUAACAGAUUUCCCCCAAGCUGUUGACACAAGUCUGUGCUAAGGCGUUUUAGCGGUACUCAAACACAGCUACAGUGGACAAUGUUUUAUCACGGUGAUGUAUUUUAAAUACCAUUCCUCUGUGUCAUUCUGGACACAAUCACAUACUCAUUUUUGUGUACAAUUUAUCUGUGUAUACUUUAUGAAUCUGCAACAUUUUACUGUAUGACUGUUUUUACUCUGGACUGAGUCCUGUGAUGAGCAGAAGGUUUUAAGAGAGCUGUCUUUAGAGUUCACUACUAGCUGCUUACAUCGCUGUGCCUGGCCUCAAGCUGAGAGCCGCACUGAGUGUCUCUCUGAUCAGUUCUAGGUAUACAAUGUCCUCAAAGGGUUCAUGGAAAGGACUUUGCUUACAGGUACACAGUGGAAGUGUUGAGGCAAACUGAAACCAAUAUCCAUCACCUUUUAUAGUUUAUCAACAGAAUACAUGAAACUUUGGCCAGGAUCAGGGUUUGUUUUCGGUUUUUUUCCUGGACAGUAUUUCGUUUUGUCUCUUUCCAGGUCUGAAGUUUGUGAGGAAGUCUAAAUCUGCCCAAACUGUUGGUGCAAAUGAUGGAAGGAAGAAAAAAAAACUGGGAUGUGCACCUGAUGGAUUCUAGCAAUAAAAGUUAAAUAUGCAUCUGCUGCUAAAGCUGCCUCAGAUUCUUUCAUUCAUGAAAGCUGGAACAGAAAAGUAGCCAUAGAGCUGAAGAAUCCAAACCACUGUUACAAUCUUUUGUUUUUUUCUUCUUGCCUUUUUCCAUCUCUGCCAUCGACAGGAGCUUGUUGUACGUGGUGCAGUGUCCAUAUAGUGGUUGACCUGUAUGCAAGGUCUUCUCUCUUUGGUUAUCAGCUCAUCUCAAAGAACGUGAUUCAGUAAAGACAGAAGCAGGUUUGAUGAGGACUACCUGCCUUCUAAGCACAAGCUGUUUAUUAGCAGGGCUACAGUAUGUGGGUUGGUAUUUUAGCCUUGAGUGCAGACAUCAUGUUUGCACAGAUUUAAAACAAAAAUGUAUAAUCUAGAUGCUUUCAUUUAAAAUAUAAGAACUGUUAUUCCUGCUGUUGCAAAAAUAUAUUACAGAAAUAUAUUUUGAUACAUAAAUUUAAGCACAAAUCUAGAAUAAAGAACUGGUAAACUGA